CCGGGCCGGGCCGGAGCUCGACGGGCGGCGCCGGAGCGGCCGCGCCCCGGGCAGGAGCCGCUCCCCGGGCAGGGGCAGGAGCCGCCGCCGCCGCCGGGAGCGGAGCCGGGCGGGCCGCGCCGCGCCAUGCGGCUGUGCGGGGCGCUGCUGAAGGGCCCCAUCCCCAAGCAGAUCGAGUACUACUCGCGCUUUUCCCCCUCGCCCCUCUCCAUCAAGCAGUUCCUCGACUUCGGUCGUGACAAUGCAUGUGAGAAGACAUCAUACAUGUUCCUGCGGAAGGAACUCCCUGUGCGACUGGCAAACACCAUGAGAGAAGUCAAUUUGUUACCUGAAAACUUACUUAACAGGCCUUCAGUUGGGCUAGUACAGAGCUGGUACAUGCAGAGUUUCCUUGAGCUUUUAGAGUAUGAAAAUAAAAGUCCUGAGGAUCCUCAUGUUCUGGAUGACUUCUUAGAUGUUUUAAUUAAAGUCAGAAACAGGCACAAUGAUGUGGUUCCAACCAUGGCGCAAGGGGUGAUUGAAUACAAGGAAAAAUAUGGCUUUGAUCCAUUUGUUAGCAGUAACAUCCAGUAUUUUCUAGAUAGAUUCUACACCAACCGCAUCUCUUUCCGCAUGCUUAUUAACCAACACACACUUCUUUUUGGUGGAGAUAUUAAUCCUGCUCAUCCCAAACAUAUUGGAAGUAUUGAUCCUAAUUGUGAUGUGGCAGAGGUGGUUAAAGAUGCUUAUGAAACAGCUAAGAUGUUAUGUGAGCAGUACUACACGGUGGCACCUGAUCUGGAAGUUGAAGAAUUCAAUGCUAAAGCUCCAAACAAGCCUAUUCAAGUAGUCUAUGUACCUUCUCAUUUGUUUCAUAUGUUAUUUGAAUUAUUCAAGAAUUCAAUGAGAGCUAUAGUUGAGUGGCAUGAAGGUAAGAAAGAAGCCUAUCCAUCGAUCAAAACCUUAGUCACUCUGGGGAAAGAAGAUCUAUCUAUUAAGAUAAGUGACAAAGGUGGAGGUGUUCCUCUAAGAAAAAUAGACAGAUUGUUUAACUACAUGUACUCAACAGCACCCAGGCCUAGUUUGGAGCCCUCGAGAGCUGUGCCUUUGGCUGGGUUUGGCUAUGGAUUGCCAAUUUCUCGUCUGUAUGCGAGGUACUUUCAAGGUGACCUUAAACUCUACUCAAUGGAAGGCGUUGGCUCAGAUGCUGUAAUUUAUUUGAAGGCCCUUUCAAGUGAAUCAUUUGAAAGACUUCCCGUUUUUAAUAAGUCAGCCUGGCGACAUUACAAGACCACACCUGAAGCAGAUGACUGGAGCAAUCCUAGCAGUGAACCAAGGGAUGCUUCUAAAUAUAAAGCUAAUCGAUAAUUUGCCACCUUUUGUCUCUGUUGGAGAUGACCUCUGCAUUCAGUAUAAAGUCUCUGCUUUGUUCCAAAAUCCUUCAAACCACAGUAGCUAAUUACUUCCAAACAAAGACCUAAUCAGGGCAUUGAAAAAUACUAAGAACAAAGUGAUGAUUGGGACUUAAAGGAAGGCACUGAGCACGUUUGGUAUGUGAAUCCUGUCUCCUUCACCACAAUAUGCUUGGUUGCUUCAGUCGUGCAUUGACAAAAGGGAUUGCACUGUGAUUGCACUUAGGAAUACAGUUGUUGUAACAAAAAGAUACUAUUUGAAGUGGCCAGUUCUUAUUCCAAGAUAAGGACUGGCAAGGUGUGCAGAAUCCCUUAAAAUGGUGAAUAGUAUCUUGCACAGCAAUAUGGUAUAAGAGACAAAUUCUAACGUAGUUAAACCUAUGCUUCGAAAAUCCACUGUUUGCGGCGUCUUCUAUUGCACAGUCACCUGUAAGAGAGAAUCCCUUUGAGCUCUUCAGAUCUUGUAUCUAAUGAGCUUGUAAAUGCAUAGUUUUAAAAAGGGUUGUGCAGCUUUAAACUGAUGCUUUCCCCAAAUUCCCAAAUCCAUUUGUCAAGUGCAUACAAAAGUUAUGUUGCUGUAAGACAUCAGGAUUUCCGCUUCUUGGUAUGCACCUUAAUGAUUUUCUUGACACACAAACACAGAAAUUAAUCUCUAUAAAUUUUUCCUUGUUUUGAGGAAAGCUCCUAAUCAGUUAGAUCAUCUCUCUGUACAAGAAAUUCUGUCAAUACAGGGACAGGGGUUAAUUCAAUUUCCUAUUUGCCUGUAAUUUUAAGGGAAUUGGGGAGGGGAGAGAAAUGCUGAAAGGCCAGACAGACAGUCAUACAAACAAAUUUGCCUUAAAGAGUGUUGGUUGCUUGAAACCUGAUUAGUUUAAAACCUGUAAAUAGUUUGCAAAGUUAUUUAUACAUUCAAUGUCUGACUGUAGUCUGGUAAUCUGAAUUUGUAGUGUAUAUAAAGAUGUUGUACACCAGCUUUUGGAAAGUGUCAUUGAUCUAAAUACAUGAAACUGGAAAUACCAUAGAAAUGGGAGGGACAAAGUGUGGCCGGUACCUGAUUUAAGGAAAAAAAAAAUCAAAGAGGAAAAAAUUUCAAGUAUUUUUCCCUUUAAAUUUAUUAUAAGGGUUAUUGCUGACUAUUAGGAAACUGUUCUUCACAAAGUCUUUGCCAAAUGCUGUUUCUGAUACUAUGGCCUUUCAAAAACACCUGUGAAUUUUAAAAGUUCUGCUGAUACUCUAGCCAUGGCAAUAAAGUAGGUGAGGUGUAAGCAGCUCUGAUGCACCCUCCGUUUCUCUUAGGUGUUUCGAUAUUUUUUGAAAAAUAUUAGAGAUUUUAGCAUGGAAAAAUGAAACUUGUUUACUAGAAUUGUGGGGGAACUGUCCCUUUUUUCCUCCCAAUAUUUAUUUUUAUAAAGAACUGAUUUAUCAGGUAAACAGGAAAAUGCUGAGAAAUUCUAGGUAUUUAAAAAAAAAAAAAAAAGGAAAAAAUCUUAGUUUGACGUAAUGACCUUACUUUGCACUUCACUGCAGGAUUAUAAAGUGCUUUGAGCAAUAAACUCCAUAGAGCCCCAUUUCUGAAGAGCUGGAAGUCCUUGCCUUGCAAACUCCAAGUCUCACCUGUUGCAGUCAGUUCCAGAAUUUGUGUGGGAGCAGUUGGUGAUUCCCAGGGCUCGAGGUCCUGUGGGUGGCACUGUGGGCAUCGGGCACAUGGGAGCACCAAGUCCUUGUGUGUCUGGGCUGCUGCCAUCCCUGUGGAGCUGGGGGGAUCCUGGGCAGCUGCCGAGGGCUCUGUGCCUGCUCAGCUGGGCAGUGCUGCCCUCAGAGCCCCCUCUCCCUGCAGGCAGGAGGAAGGAAUGUGCUGAUGGAGCCGUUCUGUUCCCAGGCCGGACUCCUUUAACCCUGGGAAUCUCAACAGGGCACAGGGAGGGUGUGACACGUGUGGCCUCCAGAGCAAUAAUUUCCCAGGGCUGCAGGCGCUGCUGCAGAGAAGGCAGAUUGGUAUUCAAGUGGUACAGCUCCACUGCUGGGGUGACAUCAGGGUAAUAGUUUGACUGAAACACCAGCUGGAAGUCACACCUACUAAAAUUUAGUCACUUGACAUCUGCCCUCACUCAUAACUUCUUACUGUUUUUUAAAUUAUUUCAAGUUGUGUAUGUUUUCUGGUAAUCACAGAGGAGAGCUUGCCUAAAGACAGAGACUGAUGAUGGAACUAAUACUUUUCCAGUUGUGCGUGGUCAGUUUUUCCUGGAACAUUGCCUCAAACAUUCCAAGGAAUAAGACAGUUUGUGUAAGAAACUUGAGUUGCAGCUUUUGGUAGAAAUUGUAUUUUGAAGUAGUAAAUCCCGACUUGGACCUUUUUGGAUGUUUCCUUAUACAUGAAGAGGAGAGGAGAGGGAAUAGAAAGAAAAGGAAGGAUGCAGGCAUAUUGAACUUGGUUUUGUGGAGUGAAUGUAAACCAUGGAGUGCAAACCAUGGAAAGUCUGAAUGAAAGCUGGAGAUACCUGGAGGAUGUUAUGGUAUAUUAGUGAUGUCACUUCUUGAUCCACAAAAACAACUGGCUGGCUCUCAGGACUGAAGUGCUCUAGUAUGAAAAUUGAACUCCCCUGAAAUGGCACCCAUUGCCAAGAACCCUGAGCAUGAACACCUCAAAGCAGGAAGGGAGAGCACAAGGAAUAUGUUUUCUUUCUGUUUCCCAGGGCCUGUUUGUGGGCAUUAUGGUGAACAUGAGUGAGGAAACAACUUUUCUCCUCUCCAACCUUGUCCAGGCAGCCUGUGCUUUAGUGGAGAUCCCAGGUGUGUCAGAAACUGUUCUUCACUUGUUGUCCUCAUGCUGUGUUCCUACACUGGGGUAUUAAUCUGAAAACUGUCUUAGGAAACGGCAGUAGCAGUAGCAGACCUUUGGUUAGGAGGGAUUUUCAAUGGCUAUGCCUGAAAAAUGAGUAUGUGUGUGGGGUUAAUACAGCUGGUUUAACUACAGCUUUUUUCAAUUACUUCUGCCUUUUGAUUGGAAUCUCUUAUGUUUUAAUAUCUUGGGGCUGUUAAUUCUGAACUUUCUGGUGACAUAAAAGUAUAUUUCCUUUUUAUGAAUUUCAGAUGUAUGAACUGCUGAUGUUAUUGCAACCUCCUUGUCUUGAGUCACAGGACACAGAAAUAGAAAAAAAUGUUUUCAGUGAAAAUGCUCCUUAACUGUUGUGUUUAGUGAUUAACAAACUGAACAAGAGAUGUUUGCUCCUCGUUUAUUUCUGAGAAUUUACAAACAACUUCUGUAUGUCACAGUGUAAAAAAUAGUUGAACUUUUUUGUCCAUUGUGCAUUUUUCUGUUGUAUGUGUCUUGAAUGUAAUUUUAUUAAUCCCCUGCCUAGUUUAAUAUUAAUAGAUAUGGAAAUCUGUCCAAAUUAUGUGUGUAUUUGUGCUCCCUGCUUUUCUAGGCUUUGUUUUGAGGCAACAGGGGGUCUGUCAGAGUCAGCACUUGAUGAGAAAUAUUCAGAAGAACUGAAAUGCUUCUUUUACAACUCAAGUGCACAGUCUUUUCCUCUGUACUUGACUGCAAUGACCUAGGACAGCACAGAGGAAGUCUUUGUCCUGCUGCAGUUUGUGCUGCCUCUUGGGCAGCGCUUAGGUCAGGUCCAUUGGCACGUGCUUAAAGAAUAUGGAUAUUAAUUGUAGUGUUCUUGGAAAACUCAGGCUACUUUUUGGUACAUAAAGCUACACUAGCUGCUGCAACUGGGUAGCAUUCUUUUCUUUGUCCUCAGUGGCAUUUGCUUUGAAACAGCUGUUCACUUUCUGCAAGAAGUGAGCAAGAGUGAUCUUACAGUGUAGUGCAAUCUCCUGUUCACCUGCCCUGAAAUGCAAUAUUUAGGGUGAAAUCCUGACCUCGUUGACAUGGAAGACGUUUCCUCCCCCUCACCUUUAAUAGGCACUUCUAGACCCUUAUGUGUGAGGUGCUGCAAAAGUGGUCUUGAUUCAUGAAAAUAAUUCUGUAGAAAACAGCCUAAGUGUUUAUUGCUAGUAUUUAUCUGGAGGAUAACCAUGUCUGAUUGUGCAGUGUUCCUUUUCCUCGCGUGUUUCCUCGGUUGCCAAGUGGGUACCAUGGUUUCCAGUAGCUCUUCUUUGCUUCUUCCUGACACACUUACCUGUCUAUGAAUUAACAUAUAUAAACGUGUUUUUGCAGAGGUUGAGAGAGGCACAUGACAGAACUGUGUAAUACUGAGUUCAGAGGUGAGUUUGGUCACAAAUGGGGAACGUAGCUGUAAAUUGUGUGGUGACUUCAGGGCUGAAUCUUGCAAAUACUUGCACAAGUAAACCGUGUAUGAGAGGAAUCCUGCUUAAAUGAAUCUGUUCUCAGGAUCAGGACUCAGGCUGUUGGCAUUAAUUUAAACAAUGAAGAUUUCUGUAACUGAAGUGGCUUUCUAAUUAAAAAUAAAUGAGAAAAUUUAAAGUUCA